AUGAUUAAUGCCUUAUUUUUAAAACUCUUGCAGUGUAAACCAGGCCUAACAGUUGAAGAAUUCUCAGACAUAGUCCAGUACAGCAAAACAUGUAGAGAACAAACAGGCGUACCAGUGGAAAUGAUGCCAAAAGUCUUGGUUGGAUUUUUCGAAGACGAUCCAAGACUAAAAGCCCAACUUUUCUGCAUGAUUAAGAAAAUGGGCUUGCAAGAAGAUAAUGGAGAUUUUAAUAUAAAGGGAAUAAGACAAAAAUUGAAAUCCUUUUAUACCGAGCAGAAAGAUAUGGAUGAGUGUGUUGGACCAACUAAUAUUCAAAAAAAAAUCUUAAGUGCUCAUAUACAAAACUGCAUGGCUCAAACAGGAACAACGGAGGCCAUGCUUGCAAAAGUAAAGUCUGGAGUCAUGGUGGAUGAUCCCAAUUUUAUAAAAUUUAUAUUUUGCGUUGAAAAAUUGUCCGGUUUAAUAAACGAAAACGGAGAUAUUUACAAGGAAGCUUUAGAAAUAAAAACAACCAUAAGCAUAGGAUCUCUGGAAAAAACUAUAGCGAUGGCCGACAAAUGUUCACAAUACAAAUCCACUCCUGAAGAAACCGCAUAUGAACUGUACAAAUGUUACAUGCUUGAUGGGUACAAUUUGUUUGAACAAUAAUAUAAACAAAAUUAUGUGUUUUUAUCUAUAUAAUUAUUAGGUGAUAUUUUUAAUAUAUUUACACAAGCAUAUAUUGUCCUAUUAGAAAAUAAAUAGGCACAAACAUGUAUUUUGAAUUAAAAAUAUAAAUAAAGUUAAUAUGUUUUUAAUCAAUCCUAUUAAUAUACUAUUAAUUUUUUUACCA